UACACACGCUGAUUACGCAUUUGAGAUUUCACAAAAAAGAAACACAAAGAGCCGGUUAGACAUAUUUUUGGGAACCUCUAUGAUAAGAAUUGAUGCUGGCAAGAAUUAGUUUUAAAUUACGACUGUGAAGACUAGACGUAAAAUUUUAAGAAGGAAAAAAACAAACGAAUGUGCUACAAUUUUGAUAAAUUAAACGCUAAAGGAAAUAACAAUCAACGUAAUCUUUUUUUGAAUAAAUAAUAAAUCAAGUUAUCAGAUAAAUUAAAACUUGCUGAAAUUGUGCCAGAGCAAGCAGAAGAAGAAAAUAUGGCCUUGGCUAAGGACAAAAGCCGUAGAGUAGGCUGGUAUUAUGCUCCUGCUUUUCUACUCUUUUGGUUUGUUUUAUUCUUUGCCAUCGUACUGCCAGUAUUCUAUCAUUUACCCAAAGGUCUAACAGUGGAUAAUGAACAUCAACAUCAGGGCAAAUUUAUAGCAGAAAGAGCUGAACGUAUUUUAUUUGAUUUUGAUAUGAUUGGACCCAAAGUAACGGGUAGUUUUGCCAAUGAAAAUCGUACAGUACAGCUAUUACAUGAUGAGGUGGAAAAAAUACGCAGUGUUAUGCAUAAUGAUUUAUAUGAAAUGGAAGUGGAUGUACAGGUGGUAUCUGGAGCUUAUAUGCAUUGGUCCAUGAUAAACAUGUAUAGGUCUUUGCAAAAUUUUGUAGUGAAAUUGAGUUGUAAAAAUUCAACUUCAAAUAAUUAUCUUUUGAUAAAUAGUCACUUCGAUUCGAAACCAGGAAGUCCAGGUUCUGGUGAUGAUGGUGCUAUGGUUGUGGUUAUGCUAGAGAUUUUACGUGUUAUAGCCACUAAUCGGGAAACUUUUCAACAUCCCAUUGUAUUUCUAUUCAAUGGUGCUGAAGAAAAUCCUUUACAAGCCUCUCAUGGUUUUAUAACACAACAUAAAUGGGCCAAAAAUUGCAGAGCCUUAAUCAAUUUAGAUUCAGCGGGCAGUGGUCAUAGAGAAAUUCUAUUUCAAUCUGGUCCCAAUCAUCCCUGGCUAAUGAAGUACUACAACAAACAUGCUGUUAAACCCUAUGCCACCUCGGUGGGUGAAGAACUAUUUGAGGCCAAAGUUAUACCCUCCGAUACUGAUUUUAGAAUAUUUCGAGAUUUUGGUCAUGUGCCUGGUUUGGAUUUUGCUCAUUUCUAUAAUGGUUAUGUUUAUCAUACGAAAUUCGAUAAAUAUGAUGUUAUACCUCGGGGAACUUUACAAAAUACUGGCAACAAUAUUUUAAGUCUUGCCAAAGCUUUGGCUAAUGCUCCCGAAAUGGAAGAUACUAAGCAACAUGCCGAAGGACAUUCCGUAUUUUAUGAUUUCCUGGGUCUAUUCUUUGUCUACUAUACCGAGACUCAGGGUAAAAUUAUAAAUACUUGUAUUUCUGUAAUAGUUUUGAUAGCCGUGGGUGUGUCUCUAUGGUUUAUGGCUGCUAUUUCUUACAUAUCCAUUGGCAAGUUAUUAAGAACUUAUGCUUUAAUAUUGGUUUUACAUAUAGUGGGCCUAGGGUUGGCUAUGGGUUUACCCCUUUUAAUGGCGGUAAUGUUUGAUAGUGGAGAUCGUUCUAUGACUUGGUUUACCAGUAAAUGGCUGGUAUUUGGUUUAUAUGUUUGUCCUGCUUUGGUUGGUUUGGCUUUACCAAGUUUAUUGUAUUUAAGUUUUUCCAGAAAUGAUAAAUUGCGUAAAAAUUUUAAAAUUCAAUUAAUCCAGCAUGCUCAUGCCUUGUUAAUGUCAGUUAUAUGUAUAGUGGCGACUUUUAUGGGUUUACGCAGCUCUUAUAUGUUUAUGAUUCCUUUGUUUUUCUAUGGUUUAACUUUAAUUUUGAAUCUCAUUACAACUUUACAUAGACGUGGCAACUUUUGGUGUAUUUUAAUAAUUUUAGGUCAAAUUUUACCUUUUCUUUAUGCUGCCUAUAUUUUCUUGAUUUUAAAUAGCACUUUAAUGCCUAUGAUGGGUCGUUCUGGUUCCGGUUAUAAUCCAGAUUUAUUAAUUAGUGCCAUCUGCGGUAUGGGCACAAUACUGUGCAUGGGUUUUGUGAUGCCUAUGUGGAAUAUGUUCCGUCGUUCUAAAGUUUUACUUUUAUGUGUUUUGUUGAUAACAUUUAUUUUUGCCAUGAUUGCUAUAUCGCCCAUCGGUUUCCCCUACAGACCCAAAACAAAUGUUGGAAGAGUGAAUUUUAUGAACGUACGUCGUGUAUUUUACGAAUAUGACGGUUCGGUAAGCCGCAAUGAGUCCGGCUACUACUUUGAUUUCCAAGACAGACGCAUGCAUCAUCCCAUCGAAGAAACAAUAGAUCUUAGUGACAUGGAAUCUGUAGCAGAAGAUUGUGAAGACUAUAUGAUGUGUGGUUUUCCACUAUUCAAUCAUCGCAUGGUUAAGGCACGCAAUACAGGAAGAUGGUUACCAACCAAAGAACCAGCUGAAUUACCGGCUACUCCCACACUUAAAUUAUUAAAUAAAACUUUUAAUGCCGCUAAUAAUACUGCUAGGUUUGAGUUCGAAUUAAGUGGACCACCCCACAUGAGCAUAUUUGUAUUGCCCGUAGAAGGUGUGACAAUUGUAGAUUGGUCUUUUCUUAAAGAAUUAUUAGACGAUUAUCAAGCACCUUAUCAUAUAUAUCUAACCUAUGGUAAAUUACACACACCAUUAAAAUUCUAUUUUGAUUUAAAGUUAAACAAUAAACCAUUAGAUAAACCUUUAUUCGAAUUGGGUAUAUCCGGCCAUUAUGUUAGCUUUGAAUAUCCACGCGGUAAACAUGCUCAAGAAUUUAUUAAACAAUUUCCCGAUUAUAUAUUCGUUAUGGAAUGGCCCAGUUCUUAUGAACGUUAUGUAUAUUAGUUUUAAGAAAACCAAAAAAAAAACUUGCCUUUAAUUUUAUAUUAAAUUUAAUACUUAAAUUUAUUUUACGAUUUUAUGUUUAAAUUUUUUAUAAGCAAACAAAAACUUUACGCUAAUAAAAUGUUUAUUUUA